GAUCUGACUAGAGUGGUCGCGGGGCCUUUUUGUACUAUGACCCUCGGCGAUUUAGGUGCAAAUGUAAUUAAAGUUGAGAGUUUAGAAGGUGAUGAGGCGCGAAAAUGGGGACCACCAUUUGUUGAAGGUUCAACGGAUUCAUAUUACUUUUUAUCAAUUAAUAGGAAUAAAAAAAGUAUAUGUAUUGAUUUGAAAAGUUCAGAAGGUAAACAAGUAAUGUAUGACCUGGCCAGAAAAUGUGAUGUUCUUGUUGAAAACUUUUUACCCGGUAAAUUAGACAAGCUGGAGGUGGGUUACGACAAGCUAAAGAUCAUUAAUCCUAAGCUAAUAUAUUGUGCUGUCACAGGCUUCGGACCUGUCGGACCAUAUGCUAAAAAGCCGGGUUAUGAUGUAAUCGCAUCGGCUAUGGGUGGCUUGUUAAAUACAACCGGUGAGAGAAAUGGAAAUCCUUGCAAGGCAGGAGUAGCUAUCACCGAUGUAACAACUGGACUUCAUGCUUUUGGAGCUAUUAUGACUGCCUUAUACUAUAGAAGCAAAACCGGCCGUGGUCAAAAAAUAGACUGCAAUCUUUUAUCGACGCAAAUUUCUAGUAUGAUUAACAUAGCAAAUAUUUACUUGAACUGCGGAAUUGAAGGACAGAGAUGGGGUACAGCACACGCUAACCUCGUCCCUUACCAAGCUUUUAAAACUAAAGACGGUUUCAUAGUCAUCGGUACAGGCUCGAAUGCUCAAUUUGCCGAUUUCUGUAAAAUAAUUCAUAAAGAGGAACUUAUAUCUGAUAAACGUUUCAAAGAUAACGCAGCUCGAGUUAAAAAUCGUGACGAGAUCAUCAGAAUCAUCAGUGAGGUGAUUGAAACUAAAACGAAAAAUGAAUGGUCGGAGAUAUUUAAAAAUGCGUCAUUCCCCAAUGGUCCCGUUAAUACUAUGGAAGAUGUGUUCAACGAUGAGCAUGUGAAAGCCAUCGGUUUGGUUAAAGAACUACCGCACAAACAUGCGGGGACUAUAAAGAUGGUUGGACCUCCUACUGUCUACUCGGAAGGGGGCAAUGCGGUCAGAACAGCUCCCCCUACUUUAGGAGAGCAUACAAGAGAUAUUUUAUCAAAUUUCUUAGGUUAUCAUAAUGCAAAAAUUGACUCAUUGCUGAAUAAAAAAGUUGUUAAAUAGAUUUUAAUAAAUUGAUAAUGAGAAUGUUUACAUUUUUUAAUAUCAUAUCAAAAAUCGAUCGAAUCUGUGGAGCGUGUUGCGGUGAUAACUCUUCGACCGACACGUACGCAGCGCAAGGUGGUCUGGACAGAGGACACCGUCGACAACGAGAACAUGAACAAGAAGAAGUCCAAAUGUUGUUGCAUAUACGAGAAACCGCACCGUUUCGACGAGUCCGACUCGGAAGACAGCGACGACGAGUGCGAGCAUUGCUUCGGACAUGUCGAGAAAAAGCACAAGAAAAGAAACGCAGCGAAUGCGACUGCUACCACCACUGCUACAGAGAUACAGGAGACAGUAGAAAAAACGGCAUCAAUAACGCUAAACCCAGGCGAACCCGCCCCGGCGCCGCCAGAUAGACCGCCGAACACAUAAACUACAUUCUGACGUACUAAUUAAUAUUACAUUUAUAUGGUUAUCCAGUUAAAAGUAUAUUUAUUGUAUUCAUAAUUAAUAAUUAAGGGCCGGUUUCAUCAAUUAUGGGUAAAAUUUACCCUGCGAAUAAUUUACGAAUACACUUUAAUUAUUUCUAUGUAUAUUUAUGAAAAAAUAUAUACAUUUAGAUAUAACA